AUGUUGAUCGCCAAGAGUCCCAUCAACUUUUUGCUCGAGUAUAUUCCUGGGAAGCACCUUGUUCUUGCUGACAUGUUGUCCCGGUCAACUGCUGACAACCAAGGCGACGCUGGUGCUACUACCGACGUGGAAGUUCACGCAAUCCAGCUUCUAGGUUACCGUGUCACAGAAGCAACGCAGAAAGAACUGCAAGCGGCAACGGCUCGUGACCGCUACCUACAGUCGGUGAUCGCAAAUUCGGGCAACGACUUCUGGCUGGGCCUGCUGGCCUACCGCUCUACCCCACUGGAGGACGGGCGAUUCCCUGGUGAACUACUGCAAGAAAGGCGCCUUCGCGCCAACCUCCCGGACUUCAGUACGGUGACCGCAACCGACGUCAAAAAGCACAGCCAGGCCCAAGGGUCCUACCUUGUCAAAACGGAGGACCAGAAGCUGGUAAGGCGCAACCGUCGUCACCUACUUCAAACUGGCGAACGGUUCAUCGAGGAAAGCGGCGACGACAUUGAUGCCAGCUCAGCGGACAACAACGUUGGUGGCCAUCCGACAGUGGCAACUUCAACCUCGCCAGCCAAUGGCCGACGUCGCGAAGUUCCAACGUCGGGCGACCCUUCGCCACCUGUGGUGCUGAUUCUAGAGGAGUUCGAGGCGCACGUGCACGAUGACUACGUGCCACGGGGCAAUACUGCGCUCUUCCGCUGUCACGUUCCCAGCACGCUGCGACAAUACCUCAGUGUCUCAUCGUGGACCACAGAAGACGGUCUCGUCAUCGGAAGGCAUGAGACGCAAUCGCCGACUGAACUCGGCCCCAAGUACCGGGUGACUUCAGACGGCGACCUGUGCGUAUUCGGGGCGACUGACGUGUCUGACGCCAGACAUCGUUACCGCUGUCACGUCCGACACCGACUGACUGGGGACAUCCGGCCCAGCGUCAGCGCCGGCAGCCUUUUUGUCACGGAGCCCAACGGAAAGCUGGCGCCGCGGAUCGUGAAGGGCCAGGCGUCGGUGGAGGCAGCGCUGGGCGAGGACGCCGAAAUGCCGUGCCUGGCCCGCGGUCACCCGGCACCCACCACCCGCUGGUUUCGGCGCUCAACACGUGGUACGUUAAGCCCCGUGCGGUCGGGCUCGCUGCAUCUUCCGGGCGCCCUGCUCGUGCGUGCCGUCAAGGAAUCGGACCAGGGUCGCUACACAUGUCUGGCCAACAACAGCGUUGGCGAAGACCGCACAGACACCGAGCUGCUCGUCAGACCGAACGCUAGUGUGCUCGUGCUGCCAGAGGAGGCCCGUGUUGACAUCGGUCGAGCGGUGACGUUCAACUGCUCAGCACGUGGCUUCCGUGGGACGGUCGCCUCCACCUGGUGGGUGCAUGACGGCACGCCCCUCAAGACAAGCCCACCACGCGUGUCGCUGCGUUCGGACGACCAGCGGCUGCACAUAUCCAAUGUGAUGCGGGAGGACGCAGGCAUUUACCAGUGCUUCGUGCGCUACGGAGACGCCACGGCACAGGCCAGCGCCCAGCUCAGGCUACGCGAAGUCCACUCAAAGCGGAGCGUCCAAAAUCGUGUCAGCCGGCGCUGGAACGGCCAGAACAGCUACCUCAAGUCGAGGAAAGAGACACCUCCGGAGCUGAAGGCAGUGUUCGCGCGCAAGCUUGUCGAUCCCGGCGAGCGAUUUUCGCUGCGCUGCGUGGCCUCGGGCAACCCUCUUCCGCGUGUCACGUGGGCACUAGACGGCGGCAUGGUGGGCGAGAGUCACCGAGUGCACUACGGCGACUUCGUUAGCUCGGCGGGCGACGUCAUCAGCUACGUGAACGUGACGUCGUCGACGCGCGACGACGGAGGCAUGUACCGGUGCGAGGCGUCCAACGACCUGGGCACCGUGUGGCACGAGGACCGCAUCGACGUCCGGGGUCCUCCCCGAGUACGGCCCAUGGCCAACCUGACCGUGACGUCAGGCACCACGCUGGUGUACCACUGCCCUUACACGGGACACCCGGCACCGAAAGUCACGUGGAGUCGAGGCGGGAGGGAUCUGCCACACAAUGAGAGGCAGCGUGCCUUUGAAAAUGGUACGAUUGUCAUCACCGAUGUCACGCGAGAGUCUGACGAAGGCAUUUACACAUGCCGUGCCACGACACCUAAGCAGGAAGACAGCAAAGAUCUCAACUUGAAGAUAAUCAAAAAAACGGUUCUGAACCCGUUCAGUUUUCCCAAGACGCUUGCCGAAGGAAUGCAGGUGGUGAUCACGUGUUCGGUCCGCUCCGGCGACACGCCCAUCAAGAUAUGGUGGCUCAAAGACGGCGUGCCUUUCAGCAAGACCCAGCUGAACAUACAGGAGGCAUCGCUGGGAGACCUUGGUUCGAACCUCGUGUUCAAUGACGUGGGCCGUGCGCACAACGGGCGUUACACGUGCGUCGCUGAGAACGACGGCGGAAUCACGAACCACACGGCCGAACUUGUCGUAUUCGUACCGCCGAAAUGGAAGAUUGAACCGAGCGACAAGUCCAGCAUCGUCAGGUCGAGGGUUACUUUUGACUGUCAAGCGGAGGGCCAUCCACCACCACUCAUUCGAUGGAAGAUAGCCCUCGGAGACGAUGCGGGAAAGGCGUUUAAAUCCAUAAUCAGCAAUUAUCAUAUGCAGAUGUUCGAAAACGGUUCUCUCAUUAUCAACGACGUCGAGCCCAAGGACGCUGGUCAAUACCUCUGCGAGGCGACUAACGGAAUCGGCGUGGGAAUCAGCACCGUCGUUCGGCUCUCCGUUCACGUGGCCGCGCAUUUCAAAGUAAGCUACCAGGCUCUGCGUGUCAACAAGGGCGAGCAAGCUCGACUCGUGUGUGAAGCAUUCGGAGAAAAACCACUCACGAUAUCCUGGAAGAAAGACAACAUGAUCCUCGAUCAUCGCUACAUAUCAAGUUUCACGCAAGAUGACACUCCGACGCCGGAUGGUCUGACAUCGUCGCUACUCUUCGCUGCAACCGAAAGAAGUGAUUCUGGUCUGUACACCUGCCUCACGGCAAAUAAGUUUGGAAAAGACGAAACUAACAUCAAGUUACUCGUGCAAGAGACGCCAGAUGCACCCGAUGACAUCAGAGUCGUAGAAGCGACCAGUCGACGAAUAUCGCUUCGCUGGAACACGCCUUUCAACGGGAACAGUGACAUUCUUGGCUAUUUCUUGCAGUGGAAAGAAGUUUCUGGCACAUGGCAGAAGGAUUCGCGACAUGUGGAGGUACCCGGUUCCAACACCUCAGCUGUGUUGGACGACCUGGAGCCUAUCACUGCUUACCAUCUGCGCGUGCUCUCAGUCAACAAGUUUGGGAGGAGCGAACCAAGCCCCAUGAUUUCUGUUACCACGGACGAAGAAGUGCCUUCAAAACCUCCUGAAGAUUUGGUUCUCGUGCCACUAAGUUCACAAGUUCUGAAGGCUUCGUGGAAGCCGCCCCCAAACUUUUCGGCACACGGACGGAUCCGCGGCUAUUACGUCGGCUACAAGCCAGUCGGAUCGGGCGAGUCAUUCGUCUACAAAACAAUUGAUGUCCUGGAUGGCUUCGUUCCAGAAAUAAGCAUCAACAACCUGAAGCGUUCCACCAAGUACAGCGUCAUCGUGCAGGCGUUCAACGGCAAAGGCGCCGGGCCUCCAUCUGCCGAAAUCACUGCUCAAACUUUCGAACAUGAUCCUCCUCUUCCUCCUGUGAUCCACGUUGUGUCUACAUCCACAAGUGCUGUGACGGUGUCUUGGGAUGUGUCAUCGAAAGAAGCAAAACCAAUAACAGGAUCCGUGCUGUACUGGAAGUCGGAGACGGGUGACUGGAGCGAACUGGGAGUGGACGGAGUGGCUACGUCACACACGUUUCAAGACCUCAACUGCGGCACGCGCUAUCAUUUCUACGCGGUAGCCUUCAACGACGUGGGACGCAGUGAACCAAGCUCCAGCGUCAGUGCUACAACAUCUGGGGGAGCUCCUUUGGCGCCGGAGAAAAACGAGCUUUUGUCGAGCAACUCCAGCGCCGUGCAGCUGAACCUGCGCUCCUGGAAGGACGGUGGCUGCCCUAUCCGCUUCAUCACUUUGCAGUACAAGCUGCGUGAAGAGCGUGGUUGGACGGCUGUGCCAGAGACCAUCGAUGCCGUUGCCUCCGACGCCUACGUGCUCGGAGGCUUGCAUCCGGGAUCGUGGUACCACCUUCUCGUAUCCGCUUCCAACGACGCCGGCUCAACCGAGGCGCAGUUCGUCUUCGCCACGCUCACAGCUGGUGGAGCCACUAUACCACCAAUGACUCUGCACCCCGAAGAGAGUACGGCGUUUCCUCGGAGUGUGACCCUCGUGGUGCCCAUUAUCUGUGCCUUCGUCGUUGUGCUGGUCAUCGGCGCGGUAGUUUACAUGAUGUGCAACCGCCGUACCAGAACUCACGACUACAGUGCCACGGCUCAAGUUUCCGGUAAACUCAUGAAUCAGUUCUAG